GUCUAGUAAUAUGAAGUAUAAACAACCCAAAGAACAACAGUCUCUAACAGAUAAGACGUUUUAUAAAAGUGUAAGGAAGUUGUUAGUUUUUGGUAAAAUAAUGGGAUUCGUCCCAAUUGUUGGUCUGUUUCAAGAAAAUAGUGCGAAUACGAGAGGCACUUGGAAAUCCCUCUAUACGUUAUACUAUCUUCACAAUACGGCCUUGCGGAGUUUAAUUUUGAUAUUGCUGCUUUUGAACAUGGUGGCUUCAUUCAAACUUGACGCAAACGAAUAUCAAAACAAAAUGGAGAUACUAAUAACAUCAUUCGCCUUAUUUCUGACGAUCCACAUGUCGGUAUUUUGCAAGAACUGGAGGAACAUGAUGGACGAGAUAGAAAGAAUAGAGCGCCUCAUACCGAAGAGUGCACGUCGCAGGAACAUUGAUGUCAAUAAAGUGCUGAUUUUCUUGUUUGGAAUGGGGAUUAUAGAAGACCUAAUAUACCUGGUGUACUCGGUGCACAAGGCGUGCCUGAGCACAGAGUGUACUGUACGGGGCUACUACGAAUAUUACUACGAUUUCACUUUCAACGUCAUACCCUUCAGUUAUUUCGCUGCUUGUGCGAUGCAGAUAAGCAAACUGCAGAAGACGUUUUUAAUGGCGUUCCUAGACGCCAUGAUAGUAUCUGUGACGGUAUAUCUCAUGAACAGGUUCCAAGAUUUCAACUACGCACUUGCUGUAAGACUGAAAAAGUGUAGGUACAACAAAAACGUGCAAUGGCGCGACAUACAGGGCUACUACACGCGCCUGGCGAAGCUGGUGCGAGCCGUCGACGACAGAUACAACACCUUCAUAUUCAUGUCCUUUGCCGUCAACCUGGUGUACAUCUGCAAGAAUAUAUACGUUUAUAUACAAUAUCAUAGACAUAAAUUCAUAAACGCCAGUGCGCAGGUGUCUGAAAGCCUCUCCUGGCUUGAAGUGACCCACUUCUUCAUGUUCAACGUCAGCGUGCUAACAAAAGCGCUGAUGACGUUCACGUCGACGGCCUACCUCCACACACUGACCAGGGAACCCCUGAACGCUCUUCAUACUAUACCGGCUACUGCUUAUAGCCCUCAGUUUCAACGUUUCAUGGACCAAGUGUUUCAAUCCAAAGUACAUCUGUCUGGCCUCAAAAUGUUUUAUAUAUCCAGGAACACAAUUUUAUCAGUUAUAUCGACAGUCAUCACAUACGAGCUAGUUCUGAUACAACUGCCUGAUAAUGACAUAAUAUAAGCAUGUUAUCUGAUUAUAUCUGAUAAGCCUUAGGGCUUGUCCACAAUUCACAUCUCCACGUCACGAUGUCAUCAACGUGGAACGGUGCAAUUAGAAACAACGUCGAUUACGUGGCACGGUAUGUUGACGUGUCGUGUAAGUUUACGUCAACGUAACGUAAAAAUGCACGUCUUUUUUCUGCUCUUUCUCCGU